CCACUGCCCUCCUGCGAUAGGCCUGCCGAAGACGUCAAUCACCUCCCUCUUCCGCCCCCUGCUUUAAAAAAACAAAACAAAAUAAAUCCUUUCAUUCAAUUGAACUUGAGCAAAGUUUUGUAAGGGAGAAAAAGAAAGAGAGAGAGGGGAAAGGGGCACAAAAUCUAUGGGGCAGACUCAGCCUUUCAGAGCAGCUCUCUUAUCUGAUGGUGGGUCCUGAAUUUAAAAGCCUUUGCGAGAAGCCUCCGAGCCCCUGUGUUGGCAGCUGUGGUUGAAUCCUGCCUCUUGGAGCCCCAGGUUUGGGACGUGUGUGCAAGAGAGAGUUCACACACACACACACAGGGGCAGCGGGACGAGAAGAAGGAGCAACGUCGAUUUAGCUCAGAUUCCCUUCGGCGAAAAGUCCGGUUGAACCCUGACCCUUGGCCAGUUUUGCUCUUCGGACCUUUGCUGGACUCAAGAUGACGUCGUCCACCAAGGUGUACUACAGCCAGACGACGCAGACCGACAGCCGGCCCCUGAUUGGCUCCACCCUGCGCAAGAGGCGGGUCAUGACGAAGGACGGGAGAAGCAAUGUCCGCAUGGAGCACAUCGCGGACAAGAGGUUCCUCUACCUGAAGGACCUGUGGACGACCUUCAUCGACAUGCAGUGGCGCUACAAGCUGCUCCUCUUCUCCGCUUCCUUUGCGGGGACGUGGUUCAUCUUUGGGGUGAUCUGGUACCUGGUGGCCGUGCUGCACGGGGACCUCCUGGAAUUCGACCCUCCCGCCAACCACACCCCGUGCGUCAUGCAAGUCCACACCCUCACCGGGGCCUUCCUCUUCUCCCUGGAGUCCCAGACCACCAUCGGCUACGGCUUCCGCUACAUCAGCGAGGAGUGCCCGCUGGCCAUCGUCCUGCUCAUCAGCCAGCUGGUCCUCACCACCAUCAUGGAGAUCUUCAUCACCGGCACCUUCCUGGCCAAGAUCGCCCGUCCCAAGAAGAGGGCAGAGACCAUCAAGUUCAGCCAGAACGCCGUGGUGGCGCAGCACGACGGCAAGACCUGCUUGAUGAUCCGGGUGGCCAACAUGAGGAAGAGCCUCCUCAUCGGGUGCCAGGUGACCGGCAAACUCCUCCAGACCUACCUCACCAAAGAAGGUGAGAACAUUCGGCUCAACCAGGUCAACGUGGAUUUCCAGGUGGACACGUCCUCCGACAGCCCCUUCCUCAUCCUGCCCCUGACCUUCUACCACGUGGUGAACGAGAGCAGCCCCUUCCGGGACAUGGCCUUGCGCACCGGGGAAGGAGACUUUGAGCUGGUGGUCAUCCUCAGCGGCACCGUGGAGUCCACCAGCGCCACGUGCCAAGUCCGGACCUCCUACCUCCCCGAGGAGAUCCUCUGGGGCUACGAGUUCACCCCGGUCAUCUCCCUCUCGGCCAGCGGGAAAUACGUGGCCGAUUUCAGCCUCUUUGAGCAGGUGAUCAAAGUGGCGCCCCCUUGCUGCCUUCACGAGACGGUGCGGUACGGGGACCCCGAGAAACUGAAGCUAGAGGAAUCCUUUCGGGAGAAAGCAGAGAGGGAAGGGACCCCCUUGAGCGUCCGGAUCAGCAACGUUUGACCCUUCAGAGGACUUGGGAGGCCUGUGUUAUACGAGUAUUGCAUCCGAGUGUCUUCAUUAGCUUCCAGACUUCCUUACACCCUUCUUUCUGUGGCUGCAUUUUCUCUCUCUCAAACUACAGGAUGAGCAAUCUGUUCUUCUCUUUAGGAAUCUGCUAAAGGAACGCAAAGGUCAGCUCCCCUACUGACUCAGCAGCUCACAGUUAGCGCCAGAAUUCAAGGUCUCCUCCGUGGUUUUGACCAACUGCUGGAAGUAUAUAUCUCUUUAAUUGUGUUUCUUUCUUAAAUACAAAUAAUUGUGCGGUCAUUGUUCAGGGGGCCACCAGGUCAUGGUUUUUAAUAGGAGGCAGAGGCACACGUACCAGCAACUCUAUUGUGUCGAAUGCUUUUUAAAAUAUAAAUACAUGGAGUUUUCUUUCUCUUUUUGCCUUGGAAACUCUUACCACAAAGAUUAGCUUUUAAUGCCAACCUAACCUGAAAGAUACUGACGGAUGCAUGAGAAAGGGAAACACAAAGAUUGGGACAGAGCACUGGGAGUGCCCCACCGCACCAGGCUCCGUGAAAUGGAGGGUGUAAAUCCUACUAGCGCAUACUGUGCAAAUUAAUAUUCUGUUGUGGUCACCACGGGAUACCUCAGAUGAAGCUGGAGGACACAUUCACAGCAGGUGUGCCUGGCAAUCUGCAUUCAACAAACCCACCAGACCUCAACGAUUUGCAAUUCAGAAGCAGCCCUUCGAAGUUUGGAAACACACCCCAGCACCUGAUAUUUAAUGCACAGGUGUCGUAUGACAAAGCAGUACCUUAAGAAUUAUUGUGUGACCUCCAAUCUGGAGGUCUGAUGACUCGUUACAAAGCACACCCACCCACCCACUUUUUUAAAAAUUCAAAAUGCAUCCUCCCUGAUCUUAAAAUACGGAGGUGGAAAGGGACGACAUGCAGAUUUCGUUUGAAAGCUUUGUGAGAAUUGGAACUUGAAUGUCUGUCCAUUCGUAAACUUGUGCUGCAGUGCGAGAGGAAUGUCCUGUUAACAAACUGGAAUGUGUUGUCAUGAUCCUUGUUUUUCAAUGCUAGAAAGCUUUCAGUCCCGGGACUACAGAAGGAUCGAUGACUCUUUAGCUACCCAACAGCCUAGGGAGCCUAUGUUGAAAACACCAAGCGGAAUGCAGGUAGAGUCCGAAAAGAAUGCAGGUGUUUCUGUCUCCUGAAUCCUGCUCCUUAAAGCAACAGGUGAACCUCUGAUCACAACAGACCUGCUGUACUUGCUGUUAUUAUUACUGUAAAUUCUCAACAUCAAAAAUGCUGAACUUUGGAGCCAAGGAGAUGAGUAGAAAGAAGACCUUGUAGAGAACAUAUUUAUCCUUUUAUCCGUGGCAUUUCCCAACUGAGCGGAGAAAGGACUGUGUGUGUGUGUUGAGAUGAAGCUAGCCUAGUGAAAAGGAACGAGGCCAGUGUUGUCUGUCUGUGAUGGGACACACAAAAAAAGUGUACCAAUCUGAAGGCUGGUCUGACAGACAGACAGUUCCUAUUGAAAGACCUGCCCCACAGGCCUUGCAUCUUUGUAAAGCUAACACACUCGCAAAAUUGGCUUUUAACACAGAUCCAUCAGAACGCAGCUCUCAAGCGCUUUUGCUUAUUUUAAGUGCAGGGCGAAUCUCCCAGCGAACGGAACUGACAGCAAAUCCCCAAAAGGUUCUGUGGAGUUAGCUCGCUUCUGCACAGCCCUGUUUAUUGAGCACUCAUCCUGAUCUGUUUGCAGGGAGGUCAGAUGCCGCUGCGUCACAGCAAAUGUCAUCCUGCGCUCUCCAUGGAUUUCCCCCUCACUUUCCUUCCUGCGAAAAAGCCUGAUCUUUGGGGGAAGGGGGUUAGUCAGACGAGACUCUAAUUGAGCAACUGGAAUUUCCCAAUAUGUGAUCGGAUUCCCACCCGAAAACAUGUGCCCGUCUGGAAGCAGACUCAGAGGCAAAGGUCAAUCAUAAGACUUGUGAACCCAGGAACCACCUCAUCACCAGGCUAAAGUGGAAGAAGAUUUUCCAGGGAGGAUGAGAUACUGUUUGCUGCUUUUCUGUGGCCAGUCAGGUCUCUGUUGUCAUUGCAGCUGAAAGGAGCCUUCCAGCGGAAAGGAAGGAGCUGGAUUUUGGGGGCUUGGGGGGGUGGCGGUAGGGGGCCAAUGAUUUUUUUUAAUCUCCCAGAGCCCUCCAAGGCUGUCUGAAGUUGGGGUGUGUGGGUGGGGAGACCCACAGCUGUGCAGAAACUGUCCCAAACAGCUACUUCUGGCUAGAUCAAAUAGCAUUGUGGGUUGUGGGGGUGGAGGAGUUUGAGGGCGGCUAUUGGCUCGUUUUUUUAGGAGUCGGAUCGUCACGGGCCUAAGAUGGUUUCUUACAGGUACGAAUUCUAAAACGGUUGUCACACACAUCAAAAAAGAGGGAGUCACUUCCUCUUCGUAGAAAGAAAAGUAUCUAUUGAAAUAUAUAAAUCUAUUUAUAUAAAUGAGAUAUAUAUAGUUAUUUGUAAAAGAGAGAGUGUUUGUGUCAUGGAGCUAUUUUGCACUUUGUCGGAAAGAAGUUGGGUUCAAAAAUUGCUAUCGGAGCCAAAAAGAAAAAUGGAGGAAGGAAGAAAAUCCAAGAUGUUCCAGGCAUCUUUCCUUUCGUUCCUUCCUUCCUAAAUUCUACUGUGCCCAGUGUGGAAAUUCCCACCCCAUUCUCUGAAAUGAGUCACUGAUAUUUCUGCAAUGGGAGUGGGGAGGGGAGAUUGUUUAAAUUGGGGUUUAAGCAAAGUUGGCCCAAAAUGUUUUACUGUUGAGCAAAGGGUGAUUCCAUCAAUUCUGCAUUACGGAGCGGGGGGUGGACUAGAUGUCCUUUGGUGUUCCUUCCAACUCUACUACUCUGUGAUUCCAUGAACAAAAGCCAAGAGGAAGGGCAGUUGACCCUUUCUUCAAGGCUGGCAAGGGGUCCCACGGAGGAGGGCAGCCUAGCUUAGGGGCUGCAAGACCUGGCUGUGUGGCACACACCCCGUUCGCCUCUCCAGCGGGUGAUGUUGGAGAAUCCCAAGGAAAACGUUCCCUUGUGUCCAGAACAAAAAUCAAUCUGGCAAAUACAAUUGAGAUUCACUGUUGUUUUCACUCCACAAACAUUUAUGCAGAUGAUGCCCUUCCCAGUUCACAGUACUUUUUCUUGCAUUGAUACAAACAGGGUGGAAUAACAAGGCCAUCGAUUAAUUACAUAGAUUAUGUCAUUUCUCCGUGGUGAAAUGAAUGUUGGGAUUCCUGCAUCACAAGGGAUUGGACUGAAGCAGAGCUGGCCGUGACCCACAGAUGAAAUUCCAUAGUUACAAUGGGUGUGAUGUGGUUUGAAUGAGGAAUCUCCCCCCCCCCCUGCUCUGCCACAAGUUGCACCCGGGUUUUGAAGGCAACGGCUGGCAAAGCCCAACUUUUGCAAGGAAGCGUCACCCCAGCGCCAUCGUGCAAUUAUUUUUGACUCAUCCUUUCAGUGCAGUGAUGCAACCCCACAGGGAGCUGUGUCAUACAUGGGGCCAUGAUACUCCAUCUCCCACUGCAUGUUUUCCUGGCCACGAAACAAAGGGUCCAUCUGUCUGAUAAGCUGUUCUGUAGAGACGCUGUCGUAUGGACUUGCCCUGAGUUCAGAUCCCGCUUCAAGAAGUGACCUGGAUCAAGGGCCAAUGAUUGAGCCUGAGCUCCUGGUCUUUAAAAUACAUUGCAUUUCCUCCCUUGUCAUUGAAAUACGAGAAUCCAGCAUGGAGAAGCCAUCAGUUCCACGAUUCCCAAAUAAGUGAACUGUGGUGGAGUGUGUGUGUGUGUGUGUGUGUGAGAGAGAGAGAGAGAGAGAGAGAGAGAGAGAUUUAGGAGGAUCACAAGAAUCUGAUUAAUUCAGGCACAAUGGAUUCCCACCACAAUUGGUCAUUGAUGAGAUACAGAAUGUAGUCAGGAGAUGCUCCCAGAAGGGCUUUAAUAAUGGGAUCAGCUUUCAGGGUUGUGUUUUUUUGCAGGGUCCAUAUGGCAAUGCCAUCAAAAUGCCAACGCAUAUCCCCAAACACACAUUAAUCUGGAUUUUCCUUUUCAGGGGGAAAUCUGGCAAAUUAAAAAACCUGUUGCCAAUGACCUGGUUGUGAUACCUCAACCACCUGUUUACAGGUGAUUAAGACCCCAUUUGAGAGUCGGUGGUACUGUAUUGAGUGCAGGACGAGGAGCUGGGUUCGAAUCCCCACAAUGGGCCAUGAAACUGACCGGGUGUCACCUUGUGAGCCAGUCCCUGUUUCUCUCAGCCUAGCCUACCUCACAGGGUCGUUGUGAGGGUUAAACAAGGAGGGAGUGAACCACGUGGAGUAGAAAUGCCAGAAAUAAAUAAAUGCGUAUAAUAGCACCCUUUCAGAGUACAAUAUUUACCAAAAAAUUAAUAUUAAUAACCCCUAUUUGCCAUUUUCCUAUUAGCAAGAAAAGGCUGUGGGUAUGUUUAACUAAGCAUGUAUUAAAAGACUCUCAACCCCUAGAAAAAAGGGGGGAUCUUUAGCGCUGGCUGGCUGGCAACUCAAGCAAACCAUGGCAUUAAUUUCUCAACUAUUGAUGGCUGGGUGUUUGUGGGGCUGAAGGUGGUCAAACAGGCCAAAUACGUCUUGAUAACGGAACUGAGCUUCGUGUUAACUUGAUUUUUUGUUGUUGUUGUUAAAGAAAGAGACUUUAUUUUGUGCCUGACAUAAUUACGUACUGUACUUCAUAAAUAUGAAGAUUUGUAUCCACCGAAGAAGACUUUGCACUAAAAAGAAAAGGUCCAAUUUUUUUGGGGGGGGGGAUGAGGGGGUAAGCGAGCGAGAGAGAGAGACAGGGAGCUGUGUUCUUUCUUCUGUUUAGAACAAAGUCAUUCAAUAACAAUAAAAAGAAAUCAGAUUUUAAA